AUGCUUUUGAUUCCCACAAAAAAGAAGUGCAAAAACAAGAAGUGGAAGAAAACGAAGAAAAAUUUAUAUGGAAUUUCAUCCAACAUUCCUUACACGUUCAAACUACCGGUACCUUAUGACAAGAGGCUUUGUGGUUCGAGUCAUGGUUGGCUAGCCAAGGUGGAUUCUAGUUCUAAAGUUACCCUUAUAACACUCUUCAAUCCUUUUAAAGAUGCGGCAGUAUCCAUCACUUUACCACCCAUCUACUUCGUGAAUUUAUAUAGAAGAAGAAAACGUUAUGAGUAUGAUGUGCAUAAGGUUAUUUUAUCGGCUAAUCCUACAUUUAAGCCACAUGAUUAUGUAGUUGUAGCCAUUUACAGUAUGCGUAAAUGCCUUGCUUUCUUAAAAGCUGGACAAAAGAAUUGGACUUAUAUUGAUGAUAUUCACCGUCUCUUUAAUGAUGUUAUAUUCUACAAAGGUUUAGUCUAUGCGGUGGGACUAUGGAAUAACAUUGUCUCUUUUGAUUUGUCUGAUUUAAAGGAUGGAAGAGUAGUUUCUAAAGUUGUUUCUUUGAAGAGGGAUGAUUAUGCUGAUCGAGUUUAUCUUGUAAAAUCAUUAGAAGGAGACUUAUGGCUUGUAAGAAAAUUUAUUGGGUAUCAUGCUUCAUAUUUUUCUAAUUAUCUUCAAAAGGAUUCAAUUUAUUAUACAGACGACUUUUACGAAGAUACGCCACCUUAUCCUAAUGGACCAUUUGAUAUGAAAAUCUACAACGUAAAAGAUAAAAGGUUCAGUCAACAUUGCCCUUUUUACCAUUGGUUUAAAGAAAAUCCACCUGCAGUAUGGGUUAUUCCACCAUUUCAAUAG